AGCAAUUGUCUUGGAAGAAACAAAUGCCAAAUAUUUUACACUUUCAACUCAUAUUGAAGCAACCAAACUAUACUCAUCAAAUCUUGCAUUUCAUAUGUAAAUUUUAAUCUAGGUCAAUCCCACUUUCCAGGAUAAUAUUAAUUCUUGUUCUUGCUUUGAUUUUUCUGUAUGAGGACCAUGUUGUUCAAGGUUUUCUCAUUUCUUAUUCUUCUUCUGAUGAUGAUGAUGAUGAUGUUGAUUCUUUCUUGUUCUGCUUCUGUUUCAAGUGCACAAGAAUUUGAAAUGGAAGCAUUACUCAAAUGGAAAAGAAGCCUCAGUGACCAAUCUCAAUCUGUCCUCUCUUCUUGGAAUUUUGAUCCUAGAAAUACCAGCAGCUCUGCUAUAAGUCCGUGCUCUUGGCUUGGUAUCAGCUGCAAUGAUGCUGGAAGUAUUGCCCGGAUAAAUCUGACUUAUGUCGAAUUAGAAGGUACGCUUGAUGAGUUUGACUUCUCAGCCUUGUCUAAUCUAUCUUCUCUUGAUCUCCAUUACAAUGCACUCACUGGAAAAAUCCCUCCUGAAAUCAGUAACCUAUCCAAACUCACCAUUCUCAAUCUGGGUUACAAUCAAUUCCACGGAUACAUUCCCAAGGAAAUAGGAAACAUGAUAGAACUCAAUGUCUUGAGCUUCUCUAACAACCUUCUUUCAGGGUCUGUUCCUGCUGGUAUUGGGAAUUUGACCAAUCUUUCUGUACUGAAACUUGCCAACAAUUACCUGUCAGGAUCAAUUCCACCACAACUUGGAAAGUUGAGAUCUCUUAUUGAGCUUCGCCUUAAUUUAAACAACUUUACUAGCUCAAUCCCCUCCUCCAUAGGUGAUCUGACAAGCCUAAAGGUUUUGUCACUCUAUGGGAAUCAGCUUUCAGGUCCAUUGCCUCAAGAGAUCAAUAAACUUACCAAUUUGACUUUAAUAUUCUUGUCAAACAAUAGCAUUUCUGGCUUGUUGCCAGAGAACAUUUGUCAUGGUGGUAUACUAGAAGACUUCUGUGCUAGUAAUAACCUAUUUACAGGUACUGUUCCUAAAGGCUUGAAAAACUGCACAACCUUAACUAGACUUCGACUGGACAGGAAUAAUCUUACUGGUAAUAUAUCUGAAGAUUUUGGUGUAUAUCCGAAGCUUGAUUAUGUAGAUUUGAGCUACAACAAUUUUGUUGGGGAGGUAUCACCAAAUUGGGGAAAGUGCCGACUUCUAACAAGCCUAAAAAUCUCCAACAACUAUGUCACUGGGGUGAUACCAUCAGAGCUUGCAGAUGCAUCACUUCUGCAUUUUAUAGACCUUUCUUCAAAUAAUCUUGAAGGAAUUAUUCCAAAUGAGUUGGGGAAGUUGAAGUCAUUGUUCAAUCUGACAUUGAGCAAUAACAAUCUUCAUGGCAGUAUUCCUCCAGAGCUUGGAAUGUUGCCCGAUCUUGCCUAUAUUGAUCUAGCAGCAAACAAUCUAAGUGGCAUGAUACCCAAACAACUUGGCGAUUGCUCGAAAAUGUUGUACCUGAAGUUAAGCAACAAUGAUUUUAGUGAAGGAAUUCCUGUUGAACUUGGAAAUUUGGUGUCCCUGCAAGUUGAGCUAGAUCUUAGUAGAAACUCACUUUCUGGUGAAAUUCCAUGGCAACUUGGGAACUUGGUCAAACUGGAAAUUUUGAAUCUUUCUCACAAUAACUUCACUGGUUCCAUUCCUUCCACAUUCGACCAAAUGCAGAGUCUGAGACUGGUUGAUCUAUCCUACAAUGGGUUGGAGGGUCCAAUUCCAGAUAACAAAGCCUUUCGAGAAGCACCAUCAGAAGCAUUUACCCAUAACAAAGGCUUGUGCGGCAACUACACAGGCUUGAAGAUUUGUCCUCCUCCUUUUAACAAUGGGAAAGGAGGGUCCAAUUCACUAGUUCUAAUUCUUGUUCCUCUUUCUGCAGCAUCAUUCAUCUGGGUUAUUUUUAUUGGUGUGUUCUGUAUCCUGAAGACAAAAAGAAGGAACAAAAUAAGCAACAAGCUUGUCGAUUCACAGCAUCAGAAUUUGUUUAAAGUCUGGAGCUAUGAUGGAAAGUUAGUCUAUGCAGAUAUUAAAGUAGCAACUGAAGGUUUCAAUUCCAAGUACUGCAUUGGAGUUGGAGGACAUGGAAGUGUCUAUAAAGCAAAGCUGUCAACAGGUCAGGUUGUAGCAGUAAAGAAGCUUCACCAAAUUCAUUAUUCCAAGCUGGAAGAUCAAAAGACUUUCGAGAGUGAGAUUCAGGCAUUGAGUAAAAUUCGACACAGAAACAUUGUGAAGCUUCAUGGUUUUUGCUUGCAGGCACGACAAUCAUUUCUGGUUUAUGAGUACUUGGAGAGGGGAAGCUUAGCUAAAAUCCUGGGCAAAGAUGAACAGGCAAAAGAGUUGGAUUGGACUAGAAGAAUUAAUGUUGUUAAAGGGAUUGUGAAUGCUCUCUUUUACAUGCAUCAUGACUGCACCCCACCUAUAGUUCAUCGGGACAUAUCAAGCAAUAACAUACUGGUGGAUGGGAAUUAUGAAGCUCGGGUUUCAGAUUUUGGCACUGCAAGACUCAUGAAGAACGAUUCAUCCAACUGGACAGGUCUAGCAGGCACAUAUGGAUACAUUGCACCAGAGCUUGCAUACACAAUGAAGGUAACUGAGAAGUGUGAUGUCUAUAGUUUCGGAGUGGUGACACUUGAAAUAAUCAUGGGGCAUUAUCCUGGUGAACUAAUAUGCUCACCUCCAUCAUUUUCAUCAACUUCAUCAUCAUCAUCUUCAUCAAUAGCAUUGUCUUUGUCAGGAUUGAAUGCUCUUACUAACAUGAAGUUGAAAGAUGUAUUGGACCAGCGCCUGCAGACUCCUGAUCCUGAGUUGGCUGAUGAAAUUGUCACCAUCAUCAAACUAGCAUUCUCGUGCAUUAAUGCCAAUCCAAAAUUUAGGCCAACAAUGCAGCAGGUUUCUCAAGAGUUAUGCACAAGAAGGCUUCCUCUCCCUCAGGGAUUGCACACACUUGCAUUGAAACAAGUUUUGGAUCUUGACAUCCAAGUUGUGGAAGACUAAUUGUUCACAUAUGUGUAAUAAAUGAGUUUUGACUCAAUAAUACUAUAUAAUUGGUUGUUUUCGGAUUAUUCAUUAUUUUAUUUUAUUUUUUUU